AUGCCCUCUGAUCCAGACCCCAAGAUCCUCCGACGCUGCAUCGAGCUCGCAAAGGAAGCUCUCGAUGCAGGCGAUGACCCAUUCGGCUCUGUCCUUGUCGGCGCAAACGGCAGCAUAAUCAGAGAAGACCGCAACCGCGUCAACACGGGCGAGUCCGGAGAUGGAAGACGCGACGGCACUCUCCACCCCGAGUUCACCCUUGCCCACUGGGCGCAGCUGAACCUGAGUGCGGAGGAGCGGGCAAAGGCUUCAGUCUACACCUCGGGCGAACAUUGCCCGAUGUGCGCAGCUGCCCAUGCUUGGGUUGGCCUGGGCCCCAUUGUCUUUGUUUCUUCAAGCGCGCAAUUCUCGGCUUGGCUGAAAGAGUUCGGUGUUGAGAGAGGGGCCAAGGUCAAGCCACUUCCAAUCAACGAGGUUGCGCCAAAUAUCCCGUUUCAAGGUCCAAUCCCUGGCUUGGAUGAGGAAGUUAAAGCCCUGCACAAACAAAACAUCAAGCGGUCUUCCAACUGA